AAAGAAGCUUCCCAGUUCACCAAAAGAACAAUUUUUAUCUACCCAGAUAAUUGCUAUUUGGGUGGUCCACAGAAUGGCAAAACCAUAUGAAUUUAACUGGCAGAAGCCAGUGCCUUCCUUUCUACAGGAUGGAGCUAUUUUUGACAGAUACGAAGAGGAAUCUUCUGUUUUUGAACCAGGCUGCCUCUUUAAAGUUGAUGAAUUUGGCUUUUUUCUAUCAUGGAAAAGUGAAGGAAAGGAAGGGCAAGUUUUAGAAUGUUCCCUGAUCAACAGUAUUCGCUUUGGAGCAGUACCAAAGGAUCCAAAAAUAUUAGCUGCCCUUGAAGCUGUCAGUAAAGCAGAAAAUGAACUUGAAGGACGGAUAGUUUGUGUCUGUAGUGGCACUGAUCUGGUGAACCUCAACUUCACAUACAUGGUAGCGGAAAGCACUGAAGACGCUAAGCAAUGGAUUGAUGGACUCAGAUCAAUUAUAGGUAACUUCAGAGCCAACAAUGUUUGUCCCACAACAUGCCUCAAGAAACACUGGAUGAAAUUGGCAUUUUUGACUAACACUAAUGGCAAAAUUCCAGUUAGAAGAAGAAAGCAUCAACGAGAUCCUCGGCUGAAUGAAAUUUUAUUUCCAUUCUUUGAUCCUAAAAGAGCGAUGCAGAUAAUUGAAACAUAUGAACCAGAUGAAGAUUUGAAAAAUAAAGGUGUCAUGUCAAGUGAUGGGUUUUGCCGGUACUUGAUGUCAGAUGAAAAUGCCCCUGUCUUCCUAGACCGUUUAGAGCUCUAUCAAGAGAUGGAACAACCUCUGGCUCACUAUUUUAUUAGCUCUUCCCACAACACAUAUCUCACAGGAAGGCAGUUUGGUGGAAAGUCAUCAGUGGAGAUGUAUAGACAAGUCCUCUUGGCUGGAUGCAGGUGUAUCGAACUUGACUGCUGGGAUGGAAAGGGGGAAGAUCAAGAACCAAUAAUAACACAUGGAAAGGCCAUGUGUACAGAUAUUCUGUUCAAGGAUGUGAUUCAAGCCAUUAAGGAAACAGCCUUUGCAACAUCUGAGUAUCCUGUCAUCUUGUCCUUUGAAAAUCACUGCAGCAAAUACCAACAAUACAAAAUGUCAAAAUACUGUGAAGAUAUUUUUGGAGAUCUUCUCUUAAAGCAGCCACUAGAAACACAUCCAGUAAGAGUCUUUCAACUGUUAUGUUUAAGUAUUCUUGAGGAAAUGUUUGGAAAUAUGAUGCUGCCUCUUCUUUCCAAUCAUUCCCACUUGAACCCAGAGAUGCUACCACCAAUGGAUGUGUUUAUUUCAAUACACUUUCAGGGCGUGAUAACUGCAGACGAUGAACAAGCAUGGAUGGCUUCUUAUAAAUAUGUAGGUGCCACCACUAAUAUACACCCGUACUUAUCAACAUUGAUCAACUACGCUCAGCCUGUUAAAUUUCAAGGUUUCAGUGUAGCAGAAGAACGCAACAUUCACUACAACAUGUCCUCUUUUAAUGAGUCUGUCGGGUUGGGUUAUUUGAAGACGCACGCAAUUGAAUUUGUGAACUACAAUAAACGGCAAAUGAGUCGAAUAUACCCAAAGGGAGGCAGAGUGGAUUCCAGCAAUUACAUGCCUCAAAUUUUCUGGAACGCUGGAUGCCAGAUGGUCUCCCUUAACUAUCAGACCCCAGAUCUAGCAAUGCAGUUGAAUCUGGGGAAAUUUGAAUACAACGGGUCGUGUGGUUAUCUUCUUAAACCAGAUUUCAUGCGGCGUCCUGAUCGGACAUUUGACCCUUUUUCUGAGACUCCUGUGGAUGGUGUUAUUGCAGCAACUUGUUCCGUGCAGGUCAUAUCUGGUCAAUUUUUAUCAGACAAAAAAAUUGGCACUUACGUAGAGGUGGAUAUGUAUGGCCUUCCCACUGACACGAUACGAAAAGAAUUCCGAACACGGAUGGUGAUGAACAAUGGCUUAAAUCCUGUUUACAACGAAGAAUGUUUUGUCUUUCGAAAGGUGAUUCUACCAGAUCUUGCAGUCUUGAGGAUAGCAGUUUAUGACGACAACAAUAAGUUGAUUGGUCAAAGGAUAUUGCCACUGGAUGGGCUUCAGGCAGGCUAUCGACACAUUUCCCUUCGAAAUGAAGGCAACAAGCCAUUGUCUCUGCCAACGGUUUUCUGCAACAUUGUACUUAAAACUUAUGUGCCUGAUGGUUUUGGAGAUAUUGUGGAUGCCUUGUCAGAUCCAAAGAAAUUUUUAUCUGUCAUGGAGAAAAGAGCAGACCAGAUGAGAGCUAUGGGAAUUGAAACGAGUGACAUAGCUGAUGUUCCAAAUGACACAUCGAAGAACGAUAAGAAGGGGAAAAUUAAUAACGCUAAAGCAAAUGUUACUCCUCAAACUAGCUCUGAAGUCAGAUCAAAUCCCAUUUCCAGUACAGGACCUGGUACUGAAAUUAAGAAAGGUAUAGAUCUUAUUCCUCAAAUCAAGAUAGAAGACCUAAAACAGAUGAAGGCGUAUAUAAAACAUUUGAAAAAACAGCAAAAAGAACUGACUGCUUUGAAGAAGAGGCAUGCCAAGGAGCACAGUGUCAUGCAGAAGUUACACUGCACACAAGUUGACAAAAUGGUAGCCCAGUAUGACAAAGAGAAGCUAUCUUAUGAGAAACUCCUUGAGAAGGCGAUCAAGAAAAAGGGAGGAAAUAAUUGUCUUGAGAUGAAAAAAGAAACGGAAAGUAAAGUUCAAAUGUUAACAUCUGAUCAUAAAUCAAAGGUGAAGGAAAUUGUGGCACAGCACACCAAAGAAUGGUCUGAGAUGAUCAACACUCACAGUGCAGAAGAGCAAGAAAUGCGUGAUCUGCACCUUAGUCAACAGUGUGAACUACUGAAAAAGCUGUUAAUUAAUGUGCAUGAACAGCAGACGCAACAACUGAAGCUUUCCCAGGACAGAGAAAGUAAAGAAAUGCGUGCCAACCAAGCAAAAAUUUCAAUGGAAAACAGUAAAGCCAUAAGCCAAGAUAAAUCUAUCAAAAACAAAGCUGAAAGAGAAAGGCGUGUGAGGGAGCUGAAUAGCAGUAACACAAAGAAGUUUCUGGAAGAAAGAAAACGGUUGGCAAUGAAGCAAUCAAAGGAAAUGGAUCAGUUGAAGAAAGUCCAACUUGAGCAUGUAGAAAUUUUGGAGAAACAAAAUGAGCAG